CCGCCCGCCCCGUGCGCGUGCCAGCCGGCGGCGGGGGGCGCGCGCGGCGUGCGGGGCCGGCACGCGCGCUGUUGUUAUUGGCGGCGCCGCCGCGGCCGCGGCGGAGGGAGCCGGGCGCGGGGGGGAACGGGACGGGACGGGGAGGAGCGGAGCGGGGCGGGCGGCUCAGUCAGGGAGUUCUUUAAAGAUGGCCGGAGCGACGGCCGCCGCCGCGACCCCCGUGUACUGCGUGUGCCGCGAACCCUACGACGUGAGCCGCUUCAUGAUCGAGUGCGACAUCUGCAAGGACUGGUUCCACGGCAGCUGCGUUGGGGUAGAGGAGCACCAUGCUGUUGACAUUGAUCUAUACCAUUGUCCCAACUGUGCAAUUCUCCAUGGACCUUCUCUAAUGAAGAAGAGGAGAAACUGGCACAGACAUGACUACACAGAGCCAGAUGAUGGCUCCAAACCAGUGCAGGCUGGAACACGGACCUUUGUUAAACAGCUGCGGGCUCGCUCUUUCCCAAGUGCUGAUGAAGUAAUUUUGAAAAUGCAUGGAAGCCAGUUAACACAAAGAUAUCUGGAGAAACAUGGGUUUGAUGUUCCCAUUAUGGUUCCUAAAUUAGAUGGUUUGGGACUCAGACUUCCUCCACCAACUUUCUCCGUUUUAGAUGUGGAACGCUAUGUAGGUGGUGACAAAGUGAUAGAUGUCAUAGAUGUAGCAAGACAAGCAGACAGUAAAAUGAAGCUCCAUAAUUACAUUAAAUACUUCACAAAUCCUGACCGACCCAAAGUAUUGAAUGUGAUCAGCCUGGAAUUCUCGGACACAAAGAUGUCUGAAUUAGUGGAAGUACCAGACAUUGCCAGAAAGCUUUCAUGGGUGGAAAACUAUUGGCCAGAUGAUUCUGUCUUCCCUAAGCCUUUUGUUCAGAAGUAUUGCUUAAUGGGUGUCCAGGACAGCUAUACAGAUUUUCAUAUUGAUUUUGGAGGAACAUCAGUUUGGUACCACGUUCUCUGGGGUGAGAAGAUAUUCUAUUUGAUCAAGCCCACUGAUGAAAAUUUGGCUCUCUACGAGUCCUGGAGUUCAUCUGUCACCCAGAGUGAAGUAUAUUUUGGGGACAAGGUUGACAAGUGUUACAAGUGUGUUGUGAAGCAAGGACACACUUUAUUUGUUCCAACAGGCUGGAUUCACGCUGUGCUCACAUCUCAGGAUUGUAUGGCUUUUGGAGGAAACUUUUUGCACAACCUCAACAUUGGCAUGCAGCUCAGGUGUUAUGAAAUGGAGAAGAGGCUUAAAACCCCGGAUCUUUUCAAAUUUCCUUUCUUUGAAGCCAUCUGUUGGUUUGUGGCCAAAAACUUACUGGAAACAUUGAAAGAACUGAGGGAAGAUGGUUUCCAGCCUCCAGGUUAUUUAGUGCAAGGAGUGAAGGCUUUACUUACUGCUUUAAAAUUAUGGAUGAAAAAGGAACUUGUAACAGAACAUGCCUUUGAAAUUCCAGACAACAUUAGGCCUGGGCAUCUCAUCAAAGAGCUUUCUAAAGUGAUUCGUUCUGUAGAGGAGGAAAACAGCAAAUUAGUUAAAACUCAGGGAAUUCUUGGUGUGUCUCCAACUUCACGAUCUUCACAUGAAACAGCUUCCCCUCACCACUCCAGACGAAGGGUGAGGAAGCUGCGAGACCAUGCUACCAAAACUCCUUCUAAUCUGGACAUCCUGGAACUCCACACUAGGGAGGUACUGAAAAGGCUUGAGAUGUCACCAUGGGAAGAGGAUAUCACAAACUCAAAACUGAAUGGGAGGUUUAACAAGCCCUUCCAGCCCUCUUCUACAGUACCUGAAUGGAGAACAAAAGACAAUGAUCUUCGCCUUCUGCUGUCAAAUGGAAGAAUAAUUAGAGAUGAGAGACGUCCAUUUACAGAUCGAAGUCUUUACACAGCGGACAGUGAAGAUGAAGAUGACAGGACAAGGUCGAAAAAGACAGCUGUUAAGGUAGAAGACCAGCCCUCAGGGUUUGAAGGAGAAGGGAAUGCAGAUGCCCAGAAGCCACUGAACAUGUUCUUUGAAAGUGUGAAAUCAGAACUCAGGAAUGGAUCCUCAGAGUACUCUGAUAUUUCUGAUUCAGAAGAAUCUGAGCCUGAUUGCACUACACAGCAGAAGGAUUCCUCCACAGAGGAGUCAGAAAGCUCAGGUGAUGAAGAGAAGCAGGAAGUAACAUCAAAUUUCAAAGAGGAAUCUAAGGUCACAAGAGAUCUUUGUCAAAAUACCCAGAAGCCAUCCAGAAAUGAAACUCCCAGUAAAAAGGAAUGUCCUACCUCGACAAGUACAGAAGAAGAAGCUAUUCAGGGCAUGCUUUCUAUGGCAGGAUUGCACUAUACUACAUGUUUACCAGGUCAUACUCAAAGCACAGACUGCACAAAUAAAAGAACCUCUCUUCAGGAACACAGAAGCUACCCCAGGAGUCGGCAUAAAGACAGACAGCCAUCUCAGAGCCACAAAACCAUAGAAUGUGGUAGGUCUGUGAAGGAGGAGGAAGGAGACUUGGGAACUUCAUCAUGGACUAGACACCUGAAUGAAGCUUCGAGGAUUACCCCUCAGGAUGCAAAUAAGACUCAAAAAUAUAUCAAGAAGGAGGGUUCAUCAGAAGCCAGUCUUAAGGUUCAGGAUAACAGAAGCAUAGUCCACAGCAACAGCUUGAGUUUUCAGCAUGGCAAAUACACACGAGACUCCAGCCUGAUGCAAGCAGAAUGUCAGCUGAGUGAUGGCAGCCUUAGCCCUGACAGGCCCUAUGGUGAAACAUCCUUGUCUGUACCACUGCACCCAACAAAGAGGCCAGCAUCAAAUCCACCCCCUAUCAGCAACCAGGCAACAAAAGGCAAACGUCCAAAGAAAGGAAUGGCAACUGCUAAACAGCGCCUUGGGAAGAUCCUGAAGCUGAACCGGAAUGGCCAUGCACGCUUCUUUGUUUAAUGUAGCUGCUACUUCUACUACUGCUGUCUUUCCUACACAGACCAGUAUUGAGGGCAACAGAGCCUGGAGCUGCUGUUACUCCUCUGCUUGAAGCAGACUUGCAUGUACCAUAGAAAACACUGCCUGAUGAACAAAAGAAAGAAAGAAAAAGAGAAAAGAAAAAAAAAAGAAAAAAUAAAAAAAAACAAAACACACAAAAAAACCCAACCCAAUGCUGCAUUUUCACUGUGCCACACCUGCUCAGCAAUAACCAUACGGGAACGGGGAAAUCUUCAGAGAGACAUGGACUGUGAGAAAUAGUCUCUCAUCAGGGCUUGAUUAUCAUUUGUUGCUGGUAGUUUCUGACCUAAAUUAAUGAGGGGAAGAUGAUGAAGGUGGUUUAUCAAUAAUUUAUUUCUGAUAGAUUUUUCACAACUUUAAAAUUCAUUUAAGAAACUAUUUAUUUGGAAGACUUUUUCUGUGGGGGGGUUAUUAAUUUAGAUUUAAUAAUGUGAAAGUUUUAAAUUGUUUUGAUAAUGUGUGUUUGGUGCAGUGGAGAGCCACAUUAAUUGUGAUUAGUCUGGACUCCUAAAUUUGGUAUUCAGGUUAUAGUCUUAAAUAGGGAUGAGAUGCAUUAUUAAUUAUUUUUUAAAUUAAGGCAUAAGGAAUCUUUUUAUUUUUUCCUGCUUUUUGUAAGCUGUUGGCUGGGCUUCUGUUGACUUGCAAGUUGCUUAUUCUCUGCCAGCUUGAUUAUUUUUUGACUUGUCCUUUUUAAUAUCAGAUUUAUUUAUUUAAUGGACUAGAAGAGACUCCUAAAGAAUAAUUUUCUUAUGUCAGUCCAGUAGCUAACUUGUUUUAAACUCCACCUCUUUCCUCCAAAUCUGAGUACAUAUUUUCCUCCUGAUGAUCUGUCUGUGAUGGUUUUCUUCUAUAAAAAGACUCCCUGAAACUGUAUUUGUUGAAGUUAUUUAAGAGUUGGUACAAAGGAGGAAGAUCCAAUAUAUCUUUUGGAGGAACGGGGACAUCAGUUACGAUAAAUGUUUCUUCAGAACAGUUGCUCUCAAAUAACUCGUAAGAUACUCAUUGCAGUCAUAAGAUUUGGCAUUUUACUUAAUGUAGCAUGGAAGAAGCAUUGAAGUGUUGUUAUUGUAUGUUAAACACAUUUUACUGAAGAGUCAUGAAAGCAGGAGAACGUGUUGCUUUCAAAGCUGGGCGAGACAGCAAAUUAAAAGUCUUAACUGGUCCAUAUAUAUAUAAGCAUUUAAGUAGCUUACUGGUAUCAGAAUGAUUGUUUGCGUCAGGCUUCAUACAGAACUGAUAGCAAAUGCCAAUUCUGAAUUAUUGUAAAUAAUUUUGAUUUAAAAUUUGUAUUUUUCUGUAAUAUAAAAUUAAAUAUUUAACUUUUGACGGACGGGGAUGAAGGCAGAAAGGGGAAUACUUUUACUUGAUUCUGGAAAAAGGGCAUUUUGCAGGGUCCAGCCAAAUGUAAACAUUAAUAUGCUAGUGACAACAAUAUUGUUGGUUGAGUUUUUUUUUGUUGUUUGUUUGUUUGUUUGGUUUUUUUAUUUGUAAGAGUAAAAAUACCCCUGCAUAGCUGUCUAAGACAUCAAAUUGAUUUUAAUUUUCCACACCAAUUUUUCCUUCCUCCAUAUCCUAUACUGGAAUAAUAUUCUCAUGUAGUUUGGAAACAAAGUCAGUUUUAUUUUCAGAAUAUUUGUGCAAAGUUAUUUUUAUUUAGGCUAGAUUAUGAAUGCCUCUAGAAAUUUGUGGAAAUAGUUCUGAUGUCAGGUGUCCUUUAUUGCUGCAGGGUUGGAACCAAUUACCAUUGUUACCCUGUUUCUAAAUGGAGAAACAUCAAAAUAUAGUGCCACUGCAAAAAAGUCAGGUAGCCUUCAUAGCUUUACUUUAUCUGGAGCUUGAAAAUUAUAGUUUAGGAGUGUUUUUUGCAGCCCUACUUUUACAUUAUGACAACAUGACUUGUUUUGUGACUUGUAUGGAUGAAUUUUUGAACUUUUUUUGUUUGUUGAUUAAUGUUUCACAAAAGCAAGUUUUUAGUAUUUUUAAUUUUUUUUUUAAUUUAACGCAAGUUAUCAACCUUUAGAAUAUUGGGAAUGGAGGUAGUCAAGGAUUUCUAAAAAGUAGAAGAUAAGCUAAGAAGUAUUCUACAGGUGCUGAAAAUGACUAUAAGGACUUGCUGUUCUCAGGUGCUAUGUUUUCUAGAUGGAAAUAGUUAAAAGAGACUAUAUUAACUCUCUUCUAAUAUGUUCUCACCAAAGUAAGUCAAAGAAAUAAACUAUAUUGUCAAUAUUAGUUAAAAUUAUAUACCCAUAUAAAUUUUCUCUUCAUUUAAACUGGAGCAAAUGGUUUAAUGCCUGCCAGGCUGUGGAAACUGUUUUAGCUUUAGCAUAUUGAACCAGACUGUUUCCUUCCUGCUGGCUGUACAAUUUCUAAUGAUAGAAAAUUCCAGUUUAGGGCAGCAGUCAAGAUUCAGAGCAGAAUAAAGUAUGAGUUCUCUCUCCUUAAAGAGAGAUUUUUGUCUGAAGUAAAAGUAUACCAGAAUAGAAUCUGGAGUAAGGAAUUUUAAAAUACAGAGUAUGCUUCCUUAUACAUGUGAUUGGUUUAUAGAAAGUCCCUUUUCUGACCAUCCACGCUAUUUAUCUGUAUCUUACUGUUGAAACAUAGAUAUGGCUGGACCCAUAUAUAUUAUUUCUUCUUGGUUUUAUCCUUUCUUUUACUCUAAUUUUCUACCUUUUUUUUUUCCAAGUGGCUCUCCACUGUCAUGAAUUUAUGUAGUAGUCUCUUCACAGACUGUCAACAGGCAGAGGUUCAUUCCCAUUUUCUUCAAAUAUCCAUGCUUCCAGCAGAAGUUAAAUCUGAUGUUCCAACUCAGAAAUAAGUAAUUCAAAAGAAAUUGCCAUGUUGAGCAGUAUUAAAAAAAAAUAGGAAAACAACAAAGGGGAAAAAAUAAAUCCCCUGGUAGCUCAUGAAGAGGAUGUGGUGACCUCACUUGUUUUGUGUACUUGUAUGUAGAGAUGUAUUUAUUGUGUUCUAGCUGAAAUCACUUCUGCACCAAUCUUUCUGUAGAUGGACUGAACCUUGUGUUGUUGUAGUGGAGAGAAAAAGCCCAAUUUUUUUUCUUGCUGUCUCACUUGGGGUGGAAGAGGGAGGGAGUAGGGGAACACUGGCUGGACAACAGCAAAUUACGCCUGCUAUGGUAACUUGUUUUCAAGGAUAAUCUUUUUUGAAAAGUCAGAGAACUCACAUUUGGCAUAAAACUCAAUUUUUAUUUUUUUUUUCUAGGCAGAACAAUAGGAAACGAAAUAUUGUAGGGGUUUUCCCACUCUCUUAAGUUCUCACGUUCCUACAAUUGCAAGAAAAAGAAACAAAUAUGAAAAUGGAAAGACCACCUAGAAACUAUAUCAAAGACUCUUCCAGCAACUUUCCCUUUUCUUCUCCUACUGUACUUGCUAAUAAACCCUGGCUACAGGGUAGCCUUUGUUGACCUCUGAGGUAGAUUACCUAUGCAACCUAUAAUACUCUCCAUGAAUUAAUUCUUAAAGAGAAUUGUGGAAGGGUUAGAUGUUGAGAGUUAAAAUUGUUGCUUUCUGAUCACAUGGGGGGUUUUGAGUAUUUUUAUUUUUUAAUUAUUUUUUGGUGGUUGAAGUGUUUACCUUUGGUAGAGAUGUAAGAGAACACAGUGUCAUGAUCACAUUUUAGAUGCUUCAGCUUUCCCUGGGCUUUGCUCUAAGGUGUAAGCUACCUUCACUUACAAGACCAUAAAGUUGCAAGUGUUGAAAAUUCUUGCAGGAUUUCAAAGCCAGAGCUGGUUAGAAUCUCACCUACCCCCUUUUGCGGUGGAGACUGAGCAGAGCUGAAACUAGAAUGACCCAGUGCCCUCUUUAGGCUCCACAUGCCCACCUGUCCCUUCACACUCCCACCAGGACCCCCAAGCCUUGUGUCUUUCCAGAAUGUCAUUCACAUAAUACUUCCAGACCAUUAAAAGCUGUUUGUAGCUGUGGGGCUGAGGGAGCCCAGCACUACUUUUUGACAGAAGAAAUAUAAAUGGAACCAAGGGCCUUACUGUUUAUCAUUAAACAAGAUGAAAAGCUGCAACAUCCAUUUUUCCAAAAAAGAAACCCAACAAAACAAACCACCCUGGUAACCCUCUUUGUGGGAGAGUAUGAAUGAUAAGUCAUGCAGUGGAUGGGAAAUGAAAGUAGCACUGAUAAGGAGAUGCAUUCUUCAUAGGCUGCAUUUCUAUUUGGAAAAGAAAGGACUUUUUCUACUUUUAAUAUAAAUUAAGCCAUAAGAAUUUCAUGCUGUGGGAAGGGAAUGAAAGGGAUCACUUUAAGAGAUUAUAUUGAUAUGUAUUGUCACUUCUGCUGGGAAAUGUCUAUUGCUGCCAAUGCUUUGGUGAAUCUUUUUUUUUUUUUAAAAAAACAUGGAAUUUGAAAAAAAAAUGGGGCUAGUUCUUGGCUAUAUUUACUAGUUUUGUAGUAAUGUUUUGCUGGCCCAUUUGUCUUCCCCCCUUUUCUACUCUCAUAGUCUAAUUUCUGUCUUUCCUUCUUAAUGUUUCUCAAAAUACUAGCUUGUCUGCUCAGUAGGGGUCGGUGUAUGUGUGUCUUCCUUUUUACAGAAACGCACUACUGUGUUAAGUAUUGGCUGGGAAAUGGGAUGCUGCAGCUUUAAGAGCAUUUUUUCAAUUCAUAACAGUAUUUCCCAUCCUCUUUUGCCUGCAGGCAGGGAAAGUGUAUGUACAGUAUUUAUUUUGUUUUGAUUUUACUUUAAAUUUGUAAGUUUCUAUAAGUAGUUCACAUUGACUAUUCUAGGGGAGGACAAGUGGCUUUGUUUAAAUUUGUAUUUGAUAUUCAUAGUUUCCACUUUCUGUACUUUAAAAUACUGAAAUUAAAAAAUUGUAUGCUUAUGUUUUGA